AAAAUGUUUCACACAUUUUCUAGUUUUUUCUAGGACUAACUCCUCCCCGCCCCCCUCCCCACCCCCACUCCCCAAACCGACCAAACUACCUAAGUACAUCAUUGGAUUUAUUUCAUUUUCCUUUUCAAACUUGCCUUCUUACAAUCAACCAAUCAUCAUGUCAGCACUCAACAAUUUUGCUUCUCAUGUCCUCUCAAAAAAAUCCCUUCAACAAUCCAAAAAAACUCCAACUUCCUUCAUCAACUUUUCUCAAUUCUUCACUAUACAAAAUUCACCAAAAACCCCAUCAAGAAUUAGCCUUGUUUGUCCAAUAAAUGCUGUCACAGAAGAUAGAGAAGCAAAGACAAGUCAAGAAAAUGAAAAGAAAGAACCAAAUAAAAAUUAUACUGAAGUUGAAAGAAAAAUCAAGAAUAGUUUAUUGUCCAUUUUAUUGGAUAAAGAUAGGUUUUUUAAUGCUGCAAUUGUACUUGGUGCUGGUACACUUGCUAUUACAAAGUUGCUUACUAUAGAUCAUGAGUUUUGGCAUGGAUGGACACUUUACGAGAUACUAAGGUAUGCCCCGGAGCACAAUUGGAUUGCAUAUGAAGAAGCUCUGAAAGCAAAUCCUGUAUUAGCUAAAAUGGCCAUUAGUGGUAUUGUCUACUCUGUAGGAGACUGGAUCGCUCAAUGCUAUGAAGGGAAGCCUCUUCUUGAAUUUGACCGGACGCGCAUGUUUAGAUCUGGUCUCGUUGGAUUUUCGCUUCAUGGUUCCCUUUCCCACUACUAUUACCAAUUUUGUGAGGCUCUUUUCCCAUCCAACGAUUGGUGGGUGGUUCCUGCUAAAGUUGCUUUUGACCAAACCAUCUGGUCAGCAAUUUGGAAUAGCAUCUAUUUUGUGGUCUUGGGUUUAUUGCGCUUUGAAUCUGCAGCCACUAUUUUCGGCGAACUCAAAACCACGUUUUGGCCGAUGUUAACAGCAGGGUGGAAACUUUGGCCGUUCGCUCACCUAAUAACUUAUGGAGUUAUUCCUCUUGAGCAAAGACUCCUUUGGGUGGACUGUGUCGAACUGGUUUGGGUUACUAUUCUCUCAACUUACUCAAAUGAGAAAUCAGAGGCGCGGAUAUCUGAAGAAUCGGAAGCUAAAUCUGAUUGAUCGUCAAGUAAAUUGCACAAGGAUUAAUCGAGCAAGCAACUUUACGGAUUCACUGAGUUUUAUUAUCAAGUUAAAGUAAAAAAAUUAGCCAGCCUUUGAGAAAGCUACUUACUUUUGGAAAAGUGUCUAGUAUAAGCCAGUAGGUUUUUAUUAUUAUUACUAUUACUUGCUCUACUUGGCUUUAUUUACCUCUUGGUGAAUGGGGGAAGAUAUAAAAUGGGAGAAGUUAAAAAGAGGAGUUUAAUAUGUGAAGAUAGUUUCUAUGUAUAUAUAUGUAUAUGCACUUCUGUAAAUAUGCAGAGGAACAUCAUGUAGUAUAAUUCAGUCAAAAUAUAUCCAUCCUGUAUACAAAUUUA